AUGGCUCCAAAGAAGGGAACCAAGCGCACUGCCGCCGUGGCCAACGUCGAGGAAAUUUCCGAAGCCAAGAAAAUUAAGGAGCAAAUCGUGAAAUAUCGCUCCCCAAAACCAAGUGACCUCGAACAGAAGGAGACCUUGAAAGCCUAUGGCGUUUCAAAGACCUUGUACAACGGCGUGGUGGAGGCGCUUCAACACCCUCUGGUGGAUCUGACGCACUCUGCCAGGGACAUGUUGAUCGCCAGUGUUUUGGAGGGCAUCUGCGUGCCGGCCAACCAGCGCCACGAGUUCCAGAAGAGCUACGUGGAAAUGUUGGCGCAGACCUUGCAAGGCGUUCUCUCCCAGUUGAAGAUGAAGGUGGAGACUGGCACUGAGGAAGUCUCUCGUAUCGAAGCAGCGAAGACGGAGCUUCAAGCCCAGGUCUUGGCCAGUGAUGAAGCGCUGCAGAAGGCCUUGGAGACCGAGAGCAAGGGAAAGGAAGAUCUGGCAGAGGCCACCCGUGCGGCCCUGGCGGCCAAGAGCAAGUUGUCGGAACAGGAGAAGUUGCGAAGCGAAGGUGAUGCCGCGCAUGAUGUCGCCAACAAGGAGAAGGCGGACAUUGAAGCGGCCCUGACCGAGGAAUUUCGCCUGCUGCGGGAUGGCACCGCAGACGGUGAUGAAGCAAAGGCGCAGUACAAGAAAUUGGAGCAGGUGGCCAAGAGCAGUGGUAUGGAGAACAGUUUGCUGACGGCGCUGCCCACCAGCAUGCUGAAACCUCCCAGCGAACGUGGUUCCUUCGACGCCAUGGUGGUCGCCCAGCUGCAAGAGGGUCUCACCAAGCGCUGCACCGCUCUGGCGGAGCAAAUCCAGCAAGGCGCCCCCGCUGCAGCGGAGCGCCAGGCUGCGGUCGAAGGGGCCAUGAAGGACCUGGAGGCGGCCAAAGUCCAUCAGGAAAAGACAGCUGAGAUGUACCUGGAGACUCAGACGGCGCUCAAGGCCUGCCAAGAUGCCAAGAAGGAGGCAGAGCAGAAGGUGGAAGACGCAGAACCCACCUUGGAGAGCGCCAAGAAAGUUUUGCAGGAGGCCUCCCUUGAACUUGAGAACUACCAGAACUACAACUGGAUCUGCUUCGAAGACCUCAAGGAGCACCGCCUCACGGAGCCCGAGGCCGCGGCAUCCGAGGCAUCCGAGGCAUCCGAGGCCAAGGACGUGGCCACGGCUGAGCCGCUGACCGAGGCGGCUGUGGCCACCGCGGGAUCGGAGCGGCCGUAUCAAAGAUGCCACGCAGAGUGGCCCGAAAUCGUUUGCCCAUUCGCGAAGGGCAGUUGCACUCAAAUUCGAUGUCAGAGCCAUGCUUUUACCCAUCCAUCGUGGCUCUACUCCGGUGUCCCAAAAGCCUGGUACAUCUUGAAAGUUCAGGCCGUUUGUGCUGAGGGCAAGCGCAAACAUCGGACACAGCGGCAAGUCAGCGCUCCCUGCGCCCGUGUGUGUCUCGAGGGCCGACGUGUGAGGAAGAGUUGUGGUAUGCUGAACGAAAAGAUGCAGCGUGCUUUUCCAGGCCCGUUGAGGAAGAUGGCGACCUUACAUUGUGCUACCAGUUGUACCCAGGCAGAGGUGGAGUCCAAGAAAGGUUUUGGCCAAGGAACCAAGCGCACCGCUGCCGUGGCCCACGUGGAGGUGGAACUUCCUGAAGCGAAGAAACUGAAGGAGACUUUGAAAGCCUAUGGCGUUUCAAAGACCUCCUACGACGCCGUGGUGGAGGCACUUCAGCACCCUCUGAUCGAUGUGUCUGACUCCGCCAGGGACAUGUUGAUCGCCAGUGUUUUGAAGGGUCGGGGACCGGGGAGCCAAGGAGGCAUCUGUGUGCCGGUCAACCAGCGCCACGAGUUCCAGAACAGCUACGUGGAAAUGUUGGCGCAGACCUUGCAAGGCGUUCUCUCCAAGUUGAAGAUGAAGGUGGAGACUGGCACUGAGGAAGUCUCUCGUAUCGAAGCAGCCAAGACGGAGCUUCAAGCCCAGGUCUCGGCCAGUGAUGAAGCCUUGCAGAAGGCCCUGGAGACCGAGAGCAAGGGAAAAGAGGAUUUCGCCGAGGCCACCGGUGCCGCCCGGGCGGCCCAGACCAAGUUGUCGGAACUGGAGAAGUUGCGGAGCGAAGGCGAUGCCGCCCAUGAUGCCGCCAAGAAGGAGAAGGCUCAGAUUGAAGCGGCCCUGACUGAGGAAUUUCGCGUGCUGCGGGACGGCACCGAUGGUGAUGAAGCAAAGGCGCACUACAAGAAAUUGGAGCAGGUGGCCAAGAGCAGCGGUAUGGAGAACAGUUUGCUGAGGGUGCUGCCCAACAGCAUUCUGAAACCUCCCAGCAAACGUGGUUCCUUCGAAGCCAUGGUGGUCGUCAAGCUGGAAGAGGGUCUCACCAAGCGCUGCACCGCUUUGGCGGAGCAAAUCCAGCAGGGCGAGCCCGCUGCAGCGGAGCGCCAGGCCGCCGUGGAAGGGGCCAUGAAGGAACUGGAGGCGGCCAAAGUCCAUGAGGAAAAGACGGCUGAGAUGUACCGGGAGACUCAGACGGCGCUCAAGGCCUGCCAAGAUGCCAAGAAAGAGGCGGAUCAAAAGGUGGAAGAGGCAGAACCCACCUUGCAGAGCGCUAAGAAAGUGUUGCAGGAGGCCUCGGUUGAACUUGAGAACUACCAGAACUACAACUGGACCUGCUUCGAAGACCUCAAGGACCACCGCCUCACGGAGCCCGAGGCCGCGGCAUCCGAGGCAUCCGAGGCCAAGGACGUGGCCACGGCUGAGCCGCUGACCGAGGCGGCUGUGGCCACCGCGGGCGCCUGA